UUGUAAUAUUCUUUAAAUAAUUAUAAAUGCACAAUUUUAGUGUUUUAUUGUGAUUUUACCCCUAUGUUUAUCUUUUAAAACUAAGUUUUAUUUGGACCCUGUAAAAUAUUAUUAAACGCAAUUAAUUGUUGCAUAUUUCACUGUAGUUUAAAUUUUUUAAAAUUUAAAGUAGUUUUCCAGAAAUAAAGCCUUUUAAAUUCUCUGCUGUUUUUGAAAUAUCGGCACAAAUGAAUCACUAAACUCUCACCGAAGAUUCUUUUCAACAAUUUCUCAACUCACUACCUUUUUAAUCACCAAUAACUCAUUAUUUCAGAAUUUAUCAUUUUAUUUGUGGGUCUAAACUCCAGUUUUUAGAGAUAAUAUCGCCGCUAAACAAAAUUUAUCAUUUGUAAUUUAAAAAGAAUUUCAAACUAUUUUAAAACUUUUGUAACUUUAUUUUUUAAUAAAUAAAUAUAAUCGAAAACAUUUAGAAUUGUAUUAUAAGUAAGAUGGAUAGCCGUAUCAAUUUAUCGCAUGAAGAGAAUGAGUUUUACUCCAGCCUCUUUGUUCAGUGUGACUUGGAUGGCUACGGUUACGCUUCAGGUGAUACCGCAUCCUUUCUCUUCAGGAAAUCAGGUCUGGAUGACGAUUUACUCUUUGCCAUUUGGGAACUUGGCGACAAGACUCAUAGUGGUCAGUUGGAUUUUCCAGGUUUCUGUGUUUGCAUGAGGAUGAUUGCUCACAUUCAAUUAUAUGGCCCUCAAGCCAUGCGUGAUGCACGUUUUCUCAUGAAUAAGAUUCCUGAACGCUUACCGAUUCUUGUAUUAUCAGACCACCUUAAACCAAUGGAAAACGCUAACCAUGAAUUCCAGUUUAAUAACCCUCCCAACGACCAGUUUCCCGACACUGAGAACGAUUUCAACCAUGCGGAUGAGUUCAACAACACCAGGCCAGAGGGUCCAGUUGAGUCAGACCCUUUCGUAAUUUCAAGUUCAGAUUUUGAGGGCUACAAGUACACAUUUAUCCAGUUGACCAACAGUUUGGAUGACUAUUUGACAGGUGAAGAUGCCAGGAACUUUUAUCACAAGACUACAAACCUAAGCUCUGACGAUUUGAUGUACCUUUGGCACUUGGCCGAUUUUGACAAAGAUGGCAUGCUCAAUCUUCGUGAGUUUUGCGUUAUGCAGAAGCUUUGCGAAUCGAUAAAUAUCUUUGGCUCCUUGCCCAAGUUGCUUCCCGAUCCUCUUUUUGAGUUUUUGCAAUCUGACAAUUUCCCAGAUUAUGACAGUGUGGCUCAAACUCCUCCUCCUGAAACUCCUUUACCUGUUGAUGUUACUGUUCCAACUGUCCCACCAAAUAUACCGAAUUUGCCACCUCAGAUAGCCAACACUGUUAACAAGAAGUCUGCAGUGAAAAUGGGGGAGAAGGGUAUCAGGAGUGACCCUUUUGUACAAAAUGAACAUGACCAGCCUCAAGUUUCAGCCACAUACAUCACUAAUGAUCUAAUCCUUCAGUGCGAGAAUCUUCUCAACACCCUGAGGGACGCCAUCAACUCUGAAAAGAGCUCCAUUUCGUCCACCAACAACGAGUGCAGUGAGAUUGAAAAUAAGCUCAAGAGUGACACUAAGACUCUUGAGAACCUUAUGGCAGAGUACAGAACCAUUGUCGGCGACAGUCAGAACAUGUCGAAAAGACGUUCACUUCUCCAAAACAAGCUAUCCAUUGUUCAGGACCAGAUUCAGGAGAUUCGUAACCAAAUCCAGAGUAUCCGCGUCUCCAACGUUGCUUUAAGCAACAACAUUGACAAGAACAACGAGGAGCAGUCUAUUCUUCAGAACACCCGUCAAAUGUUCUUGAAACAGCUUGAGGACGACACCAAUUUGCUCAAAAUUGAGGAAAGGGAACUCGCUGAGAUUUCAAACCACCUUCAACAGCUUAAGCGCCAGAGGGACCUUCUCAAGGAGAAGAACAACCAGCUCAAAGAAUGCUUAUCUCAGUCUGAAAACGCCACAAAGACCAUGCUCAGGUCAAUUCAGCACCAGCAGGGCAAAAUUAUGGCUGUUCGCAAUGAAAGGAUUAAUUUACUCGAGGAAAGGCUAAAAACGAAGGAUGAAAUCAACAAUCUCAGCAAACCCGAAGUUAAGCCCGAAGAUAACUUAGGUUUCAAUGACAAUUCAAGCUAUAGUGACAAUUCCAGGAAUUUCACUGUUAAUAGGAAUGUAAAUUUGGACAAAAAAGGCAUUCGCGUUUCAUCCACCUCCAUAAAAGUCGGAGAUGAAUUUCCUCAAUAAUAAAUGUACUAUAUUAUCGCUUAAUAAUGUACUAUAGUCUAU